AUGGCCCCACUGCGGCUCGGCGACCCGUGCCCGGCCCUCCAUCCGGCACGGCGGCCGCCGAUGCAAUCGACUCGCUGCUCGAUCGGUCGGCCACCACCAGGGCUGGGCAGAUGCGCCGCGCUGCGUCCGACGAUCAAGGCCACCAAGCGGUGCGUGGUGGUCGCGGUGCAGCAGCCAAGGCGAAAAGACAACACAGCGGCUCUGAGGAGCGAAGCAGAGGCACCAUUCAGGGCCGUGCGCCUGGUGUUGUAUGGCGCCUUUGUGGGCAGUGCCACGAUUGGCUUUCUGGUAUCGAUCAGCAAGUUGAUUGGCAGCCUGGGAGGUGCGCGGGGCGCCCAGCCCCUGCCAGAGGUAUUACAGAACCUGGCGAUAGAUGCCAUUGCCAUUGGAGGCUUCGGGUUCCUCUUCAGAGGCGACUGGCAGGCACGGAAACGCCAGCUGACUAGAAUCCUCAGGGAGGAGGCCCUGUCAGAUCUGACAGUUGAGCUCGUUGGUGGCCGCUUGAUCCGAGUCGGCGAUCUCAGAGGCUCGGCAAGGGUGGUUGUGGUGGCUGGUGAUGCGGGUCAAGUGACCAGUGCCAUGCAGGCUGCAGAGGCCUACAAAGAGGAGUUGUGCAGGCGUGGCGUGUUCGUCGUGGCGGUGCCAAUAUACGGCGACGGCGCUGGAGAUGCGCGAGGCACCAGCUCCCCAUCGAAAGACGACGUACGAUGGAGGGGGCAGGCGGUGAGGCUGGAGGAGUGGAAGGGGUGGUUCACAGACCAACUUGAGUCCACGUCAGGGGUGUCAUCCGCCAACGGCCUGUACGUUGGGCUUCGGAUGGAUGGGAGAGUGCGGGCGAGCGGCGCGGGCGCUCCUCCAUGGGCGGCUUUUGUCGCACAGCUGCCACCAGUGGAAGGCCUAUUCAAGGGCUUCCUCGAUGGGCUUGACGGCCCAGUGUGA